AUGUCAAGGCGGACAGCCGCCACAAGAAAGGGGUCGUAUGAUGUACAACAAGGGGCAUCACGGCGUCUGACUGGAUUGAAAUACCAUACCUGUCUCAUCGUAUCGCCUGCUCCGUCAUCGGCUUUGCGCAUGCCUCAGGCGGAGGUCGCUCACAUGUCUGGCAGACCGGCAGCUCAAUCUUCGGCCCUCAAGGACUCCAUCGACGUGCACCGUGAUUACCGCAUGCGGCCAUCGAACCAGAGACACAACCCCGUGGCCGUGGCUACACAUAGAGCGUCGAUGCACGGGGCUGAAGAUUUGGGUGUUCCGCGACGCCCACGGAAUCGUUUGCUUAUUCCGUCCGCCCGCGCCUCAAACAACAUAGAGGGUCUGUCCAGCGUAUCCUCCAGGAGCAAUGCAGCCCGCUCCACAGCUGUGCGUGUCAGCCUGACACGCACAUAUGGCCCAGUUCGCACGUCGACUUGUGGGUCGUCACGACGUCUGCUUGACGCUCACCACGCUGGGAGACCCGCCCCACAAUUACCAAGAAGGGUGCAUCACGACCAGGGGACAUCAUUUGCCUCAACGGGCAGAGCGAGGACCGGGUAUCGCGCUCUCCCGGGAUCCGAAGUCCUGCGAGGCACUCGUCUGGUCCGAAUAUGGAUCUCGUUCAAAAUCAGAAAGUCAAAGGAGGAGCUCGGAGACGCGCAGCUGCCGUGCACAUACGAGGUGCGGCCAUUGUGCGAUCUCGCCGGAAGCAGGGGCUGA